GCCGCCGCUGAGGAAGUGGUUCUGGGUCGGGUUCGUGACGGGGGUCAUGAUGGCGGCGGCCUCGGCUGCAGCGGCCGGGGGUGGUGGAGGGGAGCGCAGCAGCACCCGGGAGCGGCUUCUGGCGGCGCUGGAGGAUCUCGAGCUGUUGGCCAGGGAGCUAAUUGAAAUUUUGGCAAUUUCAAGAAACCAGAAGCUUCCACAACCAGGAGAGGAGAGUCAGAUCCUGGAACUGCUGAUUCAGAGAGACGGAGAGUUUCAAGAGCUAAUGAAGUUGGCAGUUGAUCAGGGGAAAAUCCAUCAUGAAAUGCAGCUUUUAGAAAAGGUAGUAGAAAAGAGGGAUAAUGAUAUUCAGCAGCUGCAGAAACAACUAAAAGAAGCAGAGCACAUACUGGCAACAGCUGUUUAUCAAGCAAAGGAAAAGCUGAAAUCAAUUGAAAAAGCAAGAAAAGGUGCCAUUUCUUCUGAAGAAAUAAUUAAAUAUGCCCAUAGGAUCAGUGCUAGCAAUGCUGUAUGUGCCCCUCUCACAUGGGUACCAGGGGACCCACGUAGGCCAUAUCCUACAGAUCUGGAAAUGAGGAGUGGUCUCUUGGGUCAGAUGAACAACCCAUCCACCAAUGGAGUUAAUGGACAUUUACCAGGGGAUGCACUUGCUGCGGGCAGAUUGCCAGAUGUGCUGGCUCCUCAGUAUCCUUGGCAGUCAAGUGAUAUGUCAAUGAACAUGCUACCUCCUAAUCAUAGUAAUGACUUCAUGUUGGAGCCUCCAGGACACAAUAAAGAGAAUGAAGAUGAUGUAGAAGUUAUGUCAACAGACUCCUCAAGCAGCAGUAGUGACUCAGACUAGUUCAAAGCGGGACAGUAUCCCUAGUAGACCUUUCCUGUGGUAAAGGUAGGUUGGGUGCUGUUCAUCGUAAGAUACAGUAUCCUUUUAUUGGUGGUCCUGUGUAGGGAGAAGAUAACAGCUGUCUCAGAAACAGGGUGACUAAUUUAUAAACCAUGGACUUCAGUAUAUUUUUUUUGCAUUAGAUAUUCAAGUAAAAUGACUGGGAGCUUUCUGCUGGAGGAGAGAUGUCACAUUUCCAGCGAUUAUGUAAAUGUGUGAAUGUGUAUGUUUGCAAGAGACAUGGUGUAUAUAUAUAUUUACUAUACAUUAGAUGACAGAAGUUCCUGGAGAAAAAAGGUGUAAGGGGAAUCCCCAUGUAUGUUUGUUAGUAACUUUACUCUUUUGAUGAUAGCCUUUUCUAUGGCACAGAAAUCAGACAUGACAUUUAUAAUUUUAGUAUCUUUUUGUCACUGCCUAAAUCCAUGUUUUUGAGCUGAGAACAAAAACAUGGGAAUAAGGUGUAAGGAAAAAGUUUGUAAUUAUUGUAAUAUAUAAUGAUUUGUCAUAAAUAAACUGAGCUUUGAUGUAA